CCGUUACUCUAACGGCCAACAUCUCCCCCUCCAUCCUUCCAUCCUUCCCCAUCCUCUGAUCCAUUCUACGGUAAAAUCAAGAAAAAAUUAUCUGGUUAUCUCUGCAUUUCAAUCCUUGGAUUUAGUAAUCUUUUACAUUUACAGCAACAUUUUUCGUGCUUGCUCAGAAUCUCGUUCUCGAGAAUUGCUCCCCUGCUUUCUUAAACUCUGUUUUUUCCUUUUCUCUCUUGAUUUCAGGUCUUUUCUUUCUUCUUUCUCUCAAAGAGAUCUGCCCUUAAGCCAUGAAAAUAAAAACCCAGAUCUUAGUUUCUCAUCUUUCACCUUGAAUAAAACUGAACGUAAAAUCCAAACAGAACGUAGAACAAGAAUAAUUUCUGCUUCCUGACCUGAAUUUUUGCAGGUUAAUCCAUAGAUUUACAAAACAACAGUUUUUUCUGCUCAUUUUAAUUUAUUCCCAAAAAUUGAUCCUCUGUUUUUGUGUACUUUUUUUCUCCCUCGUAUUUUUCUUUCUCCGUCUCUCAAUUUCUUCAUUUUUCUCUUAAAAGGGUUUUUUCCCCCUUUAAGCUAUGAAAACAAAAACCCUGAUCUUAUUUUAUGUUAUUUUGUUAUUUACCAUCUUAAAUAAAGCUGAAGCUCAAAGCAAAAUCUCACAGUCAAACCCUGGUCCUUAUAUCUUAGCAUGCGGUGCAUCUAGCGAUGCGAAGGAUUCAGAUGGCCGAACAUGGAGAUCCGACUCAAAGUUUCUUUCUUCUUCUAAAGAUGCCAUAACAGCAACAGCUCAAUACCAGGACCCUUCUCUGCCAUCUGCAGUUCCUUACAUGACUGCGAGGAUUUUCACGUCUCAAUCGACUUACAACAUCUCAGUCCCAAAAAACAAUCGCCUGCUGCUCAGACUCCAUUUUUAUCCAUCAAUUUACAGUAAUCUCAACCCUAAUGACUCUUAUUUCGGAGUCAUCGCAAAUGAGUUUACUCUCCUAAAAAAUUUCAGUGCCUCGAUUACAGCGCGAGCACUCACACAAGCUUACAUUGUCCGAGAAUUUUCUCUUUCACCUUCACAAUCUGGUAAUCUCAAUGUCACGAUCUUUCCUUCCUCACAGCAAAAUGGGUCUUAUGCUUUUGUUAACGGCAUUGAGGUUUUCACCAUGCCGGAUAUCUUCCUGCCGGCCGCUCUGGUUGGUUUCUCUGAUCAAACUGUUGAUGUUGGGAGCUCUUGUUUACAAACAAUGACUCGAUUAAAUGUCGGCGGGCAGUACAUUUCUGCAAUCAAUGAUUCCGGUGGGCUUGAUCGGACAUGGUAUGAUGAUACCCCGUAUCUCUUCGGUGCUGCUUCUGGUGUCACCUCACAAGCCGAUAAGGACGUUAAGAUUCAGUAUUCUAACGAUGUGACUGAGUCUAUUGCGCCGUUAAACGUCUAUAGGACAGCAAGAUCGAUGGGCCCAAAUGGAACAGUCAAUAAAAACUAUAAUCUUACAUGGGUUUUUCAGGUUGAUGCCAAUUUUACUUACGUCGUCAGGUUCCAUUUUUGCGAGUUUCAGCUGGAUAAGUUGAAUCAAAGAGUGUUUGAUAUCUUUGUCAAUAACCAAACUGCACAGCCAUCUGCCGAUGUGAUUGCCUGGGCUGGAUCCCCGGGAGUGCCUGUUUAUAAGGAUUAUGCUGUUUAUGUUAGUGACCAGCCUGAUUAUGAUGAAGAAUUAUGGGUGGCAAUGCAUCCCAGUGCGUCAAUGAAGCCUGAAUAUUAUGAUGCAAUUCUCAAUGGGUUAGAGAUUUUUAAGCUGAAUGACACAGAAGGAAACUUGGCUGGCCUGAAUCCGACACCAUCAGUGAUGCCUACUGGGGCUGAGAAAACAAAGGAGUUUAGUACUUCUAGGUCAAGUAAUAGUGCACAUGUGAUUGGUGGGAUUGCUGGAGGGGCUGCUGGGUGUGUUAUAGCCUUUGUUGUUAUCAUUGUGAUCACUCGGAAGAAGAAGAAUUUUAAUCGCAGCAAAUCUGGAUCGUGCAGUGGUAAUUGGUUGCCUAUCUAUGGAAGUUCUCACACAUCAACAAGCAAAUCAACAAUAUCAGGUAGAAGUAGUGCAGGUAGUCAUCUGUCAAGCCUUGCAGGUGGUCUGUGUAGGCAUUUCUCACUGGGGGAGAUAAAAUAUGGCAGCAAGAACUUUGAUGAGUCAAGGGUGAUUGGUGUUGGAGGAUUUGGAAAGGUUUAUAAAGGAGUCAUUGAUGGAGGGACAAAGGUUGCCAUCAAAAGAUCAAACCCAUCUUCAGAACAAGGAGUUAAUGAGUUCGAAACCGAGAUUGAGAUGCUUUCAAAGCUAAGACACAAGCAUUUGGUUUCCUUGAUUGGGUUUUGUGAGGAACAAGGAGAAAUGAUUCUGGUUUAUGAUUAUAUGGCUAAUGGAACACUAAGGGAGCAUUUGUAUAGGGGUGACAAACCUUGCUUGUCAUGGAAGAAAAGGUUGGAAAUAUGUAUUGGGGCUGCAAAGGGACUACAUUAUCUUCACACAGGUGCCAAGUACACAAUCAUUCACAGAGAUGUGAAAACUACAAACAUUUUGCUUGAUGAAAAUUGGGAGGCAAAAGUAUCCGAUUUCGGGCUAUCAAAGACGGGUCCAAAUCUGAAUCAAACACAUGUUAGCACAAUGGUGAAAGGUAGUUUUGGUUAUUUAGAUCCUGAGUACUUCCGCAGGCAACAGCUGACAGAGAAAUCUGAUGUUUACUCUUUUGGAGUAGUCUUAUUUGAAGUAUUGUGUGCAAGGCCAGCCCUUAAUCCCAGCUUGCCUAAAGAACAAGUCAGCCUUGCAGAUUGGGCUCUAAGUUGUUUGAGAAAAGGGGAGCUUGGUGAGAUUAUUGAUCCUCGUCUUGAAGGACAGAUAAACCCUGAAUGCUUGGAGAAAUUUUCUGAGACGGCAGAAAAAUGCUUGGCUGAUCAUGGAAUUGAGCGGCCAUCAAUGGGUGAUGUGCUGUGGAAUCUUGAAUUUGCACUUCAGUUGCAGGAAAAUCCUGAUCAGGCUGCAAAUUUUGUUGCAGUAGAAAAGCCUGAUCAUGCUGCUGCUCAUUUACAAAUGUUGAGAAUCAUUGAUGAGGACAAUGUGCUGGGGGAGGAGGAGACUGAUGACUCUAGUUCAGGUGUAGUUUUCUCUCAGAUGGUGAACCAAAGAGGAAGAUGAUUAAUAACAAGCAAGUUUUAGGCUCCUCUGAUUGUUUGCUACUAGUAAACAGAACAUCAUGCAAAAGAAAAAGUUUAGGUUCUUUGAAUAUUGUUCAUUUUUAAUUUUAUUUGGUUUGACCAUUAUCAUAGUAUCAUGAGCUAUCUGUUUGGCUUUCAAAUUUCCCCUUUGAUAUGACACUGUUUUAGAAAUGUGAAGUAAAAAAGCUGAAGAAUUUAUGAGAAUAUCUUUU